AUGGUUUCAACAACAAAUAAGCAGGCAUGCAUGAAUGUAGCAUGCAGAAGUGCAUGCGCUGCAGUAAAUGUGGAUGUAAUGGCAACUUGUGAGGUAUUUCAACAUCUGAAACAAUUAUCAAAUGUUUCUGGAUGGACAAAAACGAUAAUAUUUCUUUACUUUAUUUUCAAUAGAAAUGCAAUAUUCUAUCCUGGUAUAUUUAAUAAUCUAGUUUUAACAGAUAGAUAA